AUGUUCGGCGACAGUCUUUUUAGCUGGUUCCGCUCCUCCAAGACGGAGGAAGCGCCCCAGACCACCUGGGAUCCAAACACAUUGACCAUGACCCAGCCCCAGAGCCCUGAAUCUCCUUCUACCAACGGCGUCGUUGCUGAGCAGCCUACGCCUGACAACCAGAUGAACAUGCAACUGCGUGGUGGUGGCCCUCCUCCUGGUCCUGGUGAUGACUGUUGCUGCUGCCUCGACUGCUUUUGCUGCUGUGGUGACUGCUGCGGUCCCGAUGGUCCUCCUGGCGGCUUCGGCGGGCCCGGGGGCCCUGGUGGUCCUCCUGGCGGCCCCGGCGGUCCUGGAGGUCCCGGUGGCCCCGGUGGUCCUGGAGGCUGGUAA